AUGCGCGGCGCGUCGGAGAAGGAGAAGAAGUGGGUGGCGAUGCGCGAGAAGGAGAAAGGAAACGAGCUGUUCAAGGCGAAGGAAUUCCGAUCCGCGAUUGAGGCUUACACCCUGUCGUUGAAGCUGGAUCCCGACUCCCCCGCGGUGCACAGCAACAGGGCGGCGGCGUUGAUGAAGCAGGGGCGAUGGCACGACGCCAUCGCCGACUGCACGUGCGCGCUGGACCUCGAUCCGAAGUUUUUCAAGGCGCUCAUGCGUCGGGGAGCCGCGUAUUUGGAAACAGGCGAAGCGGGUUCGGAGCAACGCGCCCUCGACGACCUCACCGCCGCGGCGGCGAUCGAUCCUGCGAACAAGGAGGUGCGGAGGCUCCACGAACGGGCGCGACGCGCGGUCGUGGACAACACGACCAACGCGGCGGGAGCCGCGGAGGAGGCUAAAUCCCGCGGCAACGACCUCUUCAAGGCGAAGCGAUACGCCGACGCCGUCGUCGCGUACACCGAGGCGCUCGCGACGGACCCGACGAUGACCAAGGCGAUUUUGCUCGCGAACCGCGCGGCGACGCGUUUGAAGGUUGGUAAACACGCCGACGCGGAGAUGGACGCGAGCUCGGCCAUCGAGUGCGACGGCACCUACGUCAAGGGGUACCACAGACGAGCUCAGGCGAGGACGAACCUCGGCCUCUUCGAGCCCGCGCUCGAGGACUUCGAGCGCGUCGUGAGGGCCACCCCGGACAGUAAGACGCUGCAGGCCGAGGUCAACGCGUGCAUGCAAAAG